AUGAAUAAAAAAGUCAAUGAGCCGAUAAUCAUUGAAUUUGGUGAUAUACUAAAUUUGGAAUAUAUUGAGUUAAUAAAAAAUUUAAAUAUUGAAUUAAUAAAAUAUAUUUUAUAUUCAAGGAAUCAAUGUUCAAUACCAGUCAACCAAUUAUUAUCAGAAUUUAAAAAUAUAAAUAAUAAUAAUAAUAAUUAUAAUAAUAAUAAUUAUAAUAAUAAUAAUAAAAUUAAAAUUCCUUUUAAAAAAAAAAAAUUUAUAGAAAGUUUAAUAUCACUGUUUUUAGAAAUCGAUGAAAUUUAUUUCAAUUGUCUAGAUCAAGAUGAAGAAUUACCAAUUGUAGUAUCAGUUUUAUUAGGUUCCUCAAUUUUUAAUUUAAAAGAAGUUUAUAUAUUUUAUUUUGGUUCAUAUAAUGAUUAUAAAAAUGGUAAUAAUAAUAAUAAUAAUAAUAAUAAUAAUAAUAAAAGUAAUAAUGGUUUUCAACAUGAUGAAAAUAGAAAUAAACUAAGAGAAAUAAUGAUGAAAUUAGUUAUUGAAAGUCCAGAUUCAUUUUCAGUUUUACAAAGACCUUUAAAAACUAAUAUUUGUAUAUAUAAAAAAAUAAAUAACAUUACUGAUUGUUUAAAUAAUAUUUAUAAUAAUAAUAAUAAUAAUAAUAAUAAUAAUAAUAAUAAUAAUAAUAAUAAUAAUGAUAGUAGAGAUCAACUUUUUAUUCCACAACAAGAUUUCCAAUUAAAAAUAAAAAAAUCUACAAAAAUAACCGUUUUCAACUUUACAAAUUCAAAUAUAAAUGAUAAAUUUGAUUUUAAAAUAACUGAAAUUUCAUUAAAAUCAAUUUCCAAAAAUAGUGAUCAUAUUAACAAUGAAAAUAAUACUAAUAGUAAUAAUGAUGAUAAUAGUAAUAAUAGUAAUAAUAAUAAUGAAAACUAUAUGUGGUAUCAAUUUCAUACUUCAAUUAAUGGAGUUAAUUAA